AUGACGAAAUCGACAUUACUGAUUCUAGCGUUGCUGAAAGGAGUACUAAAAACUCCAAUCACAGCUUCACGAAAAUUAGUUAUAAGUGCUGAAAGCCGCAAAGAAAUGGAAGACUGGAUAAAUGUUAUCAGAGCUGCUAAGAAAGAACCUCGAGAAGCGGUGUAUGAUCCAAUUAAUAUAACCAAUGGCCAACAUAAAUGGCAUGCAUGCUCUCAUAAUCGACCAACUUUCUGUAAUGUAUGCCGUGAAUCGUUUUCCGGUGUCAAAUCCCAUGGUCUUUCUUGUGAAGUCUGCAAAUAUAAAGCUCACAAAAGAUGUGCAGCCCGAGCCCCAAAUAAUUGUAAAUGGACUACGAGUGCAUCGAUUGACAAAGAAUGUCUUAUCAGUAAUGAUAAGUACGCGGUACCUCAUCAAUGGAAUGAAGGAAAUCUAGCUAGUGGUUCUAAAUGCGGACUCUGCGAGAGGUCUUGCGGUAGUACGAAGAGAUUGCAAGACUUUAGAUGUUUAUGGUGUGGAGUUUCUGUUCAUAAGGAUUGUAAGCCAUUGUAUCCAGCUAAAUGCAGCUUAGGCCCUCACCGAGUAUCAACCAUACCACCAAUUGCUAUCAAUGUUACAACUGCAUUUCGCAGUGUGGUCUGGGAGGCUAAGCAACCACCAAACUGUAGUCCAUUGCUUGUAUUUAUUAACUCAAAAAGUGGAGAAAAUCAGGGUGUUCGAUUCAUACGACGUUUUAAACAGCUUUUAAAUCCAACGCAAGUUUACGAUUUGAUGGUCGGGGGUCCAUCCGUUGGAUUAUCACUGUUCCGUAACUUUAAUCCUUUCCGCGUGCUUAUCUGCGGUGGAGAUGGGUCAAUUGGAUGGGUACUAUCGGAAGUUGAUAAAAUGAAUCUUUCUCAUCAAUGUCAGGUCGGAGUUCUACCUCUCGGUACUGGUAAUGACCUGGCUAGAGUAUUAGGAUGGGGAUCAGCAUGUGACGAUGAGAGCCAUGUACCAACAGUUUUAGCACAACUAGAAAAAUCCAGUACAAAAAUGCUGGAUCGCUGGGGAAUAAUGACCCGAACAAAUGAUGAAGAAAAUGCUGCAGACAACUCUAAAAUUACUAUUUAUGAAAGUUCUGUUGCUAGCCAUUUGGCAAAGAUGAUAGAGUCUACUGAUAAUACUGAAGUCAUAAGAUCAACAAGGGUAUUCUGUGAAACUGUAAAACAAUUGAUAGAUAAAGUUAAGGCAGCUUUUACGUCAACAUCGGAUCCAACUGAGCCGGAUUCCAUCAUAUACAAGUGUUCCGUGUUAAAUGAAAAAGUUACAUUGCUAUUGCGGACUCUAUCGGCUGAAACGGAAGCUGCUAGUUCAUCGUUCAACGCCAGUACCCAUGCUGAUGAUCAAAUAAGCUUGAGAUAUAAGGAAGCUCUCAAAUCUCGUGCCAAUAGUUUAAAGAAAGCAAUUCGACAAAUUAUCGAACAUGCAGAAAAAGCGUUAGAUGAACAGAAUCGUCCAAUUAUUUCGCAGAAUCUUGACUCACUAAGGUCGAUUAGUUCUAUAUCUGAUGUUCCGUUAGAUGUACAACGGGAUAUGCAUUGUACGGAAAGUAAAAAUAACCAACAAAUGUCUACUAAUUAUGAAAGUAGACCAAGAAAAGGUAGUGAGCCGGCGCCAAUGUAUAAGGAUAAUAAUAUGGCGACAAAACCCAGUUUUAAACAAUCAAUGCCGAAUUUAUCGGCACCAAAAAUAGUUUUUCCUAAUGAUGAAGAUAAGGCUAAAAUUAAUGCACACCUGAUUAAUCCUAUAUUAGCGAAAGCUACCAGCGAAAAAUCACUAAAUGGUUAUAAGGAGAGAUGUAUUAUGAACAACUACUUUGGUAUCGGAUUAGAUGCUAAAAUAAGCCUUGAUUUUCAUUUGCGAAGAGAAGAACACCCAGAUAAAUACAGAAAUCGAGCUAGAAAUAAGAUGUGCUACCUUUUAAUGGGAGGACGGGAAAUUAUUAAUAAUACGUUUAGAAACCUUUAUCGCCGUUUAAUUAUUGAGUGUGACGGGAAAGAGUUAAAAUUACCGAGAUUGCAAGGUAUUGUCGUACUAAAUAUCCCAAGCUAUAUGGGCGGUACUAAUUUUUGGGGCAGUACUAGAGAAGAAGCUGGUUUCGUUGCACCAUCUUAUGAUGAUAAAUUAUUAGAAGUAGUGGCUGUUUCUGGUGCUAGCCACUUUGCUCGAACAAAAGUAUUUGGUAUUCAGCAAGAUCGUUUGACGCAAUGUCGUUCUCUUAAAAUAACAAUUCUCGGCAAUGAGGAUAUCCCUAUCCAAGUAGACGGAGAGGCAUGGAUGCAGAAGCCUGGAGUUAUUCAAAUAGUUCAUAAAAAUCGGAUGCCAAUGCUCGUUCGAAAUCAGGCCUUUGAAAGUGCAUUACGGUCAUGGAAUGAUAAAACGAAGGCACGCUAUAUUCCACGAUUAACAGCUGAGGAAGAAAAUGCAUUAGCUGGAUUAGAACAGGCUAGUUCGAAGCUAAUACAGAGUAUCGAAAUGGUUGCUGAGAGUGAAGCUUAUAUAGAAACCGACCUAUAUCAACUAGCCUCCAAUACCGCGUCGGCGUUGGAUAAAUUAUUCCCUAACGGCCGACUUCCAGAAAUUUCCGACUCAACGUUUGUGUUUGAUAUGAUUGAACUUAUUCAAACUAACAUAGCCAACAAUCGGUGGUUUAUGAAUAUGCAAUCUUCUAAUCUUUCAACGAAAUUAUGUUCAGAGCAAGAAAGUAAUUUAGCCAUUUCCUUAGCUACAGUUGAAAGGGAAACUAAAAUUAUUACCGAAAGAUUUUCUAGGAAAGAAACAAAGGUAAAAUCUAAGCAUUCACAAAAGAAAUCUAUUAAAUCAAGUCAGCAAUCAUCACAAACUACUAGUUCUAAUGGUUUGCUAGCUCCACAAAGCCAUCCGGACCACGCUCCUAUUAAGGCCACAUCAAUAAGAGAUUUACAAGGACUUAUAAUUUUAGAUUACGAUAUCAAUUCAUGGGGUACAGAUAAAGUUGCCGAUUGGGUAGACCAAAUUGGUCUGCCGGAGUACACUCAAUCAUUUCAAGAUCACGACAUUUGUGGUCGCGAUUUACUAACUCUUGAUCGAAAUGAUUUGACGUUACUCGGUGUCACUAAAGUCGGUCAUGUUAAAAGAAUCCUACGUGGAAUACAAGGACUGCAAGAAAAGAUGGGAGAGCAAACAUUUAGCAUGGAUAAUUCAGAUCGCAAAAUGUCUGCGCACAGUAUAUAA